AAAAAUGGCAGCUGCCAGUCAGUCAGUCGCGGCGGCCGUCGUUGUUACUCAACUUUUAUUGUUUUCCCAAUGCCGCUCGGCCUGGGCCGAGUACUUUUCUUCGCUUUUGUCCUUUAAUAGCAAUAACCAUCUGCAGAAGCAAGGCUGUAUCAUGCAAUCUGAAUUUGGAAACUCUGAAGACUUCGUGGAGUGCGAGUCUUCAUUUUUGAAUCCUGAAGAUACAGACUGUAUCCCAAGUGGGGCUCCACCAUGUGAACCAGUGCUAGCCCUUGAUACAGAGAAAAUUCUGAAUCAAGCCAAAACAUUAGCUGAACAAAAGAGAUUCCCUUUUUCAAGUAUUGAUGAGAAUACAAAUGAAGAGUUGGCAUUUGGCUAUGCCUUAAUUGGAAACAACUUGUAUGAUGAAGCAAUUAAACACUUUUCAGUACUGCUACAGGGAAACCCAGAAUUAGUCGGUGCUAUCUACGGAAGGGGAAUAGCAUAUGGAAAGAAGGGUCUACAGGAUAUCAAAAAUGCUGAGCUUGCACUCUUUGAGCUCAACAGAGUUAUAACCUUAGAACCAAAUGCACCUGAGGUAUUUGAGCAGAGAGCAGAGAUUCUGUCUCCCCUGGGUCGAAUCAGUGAAGCUUUGAAUGAUCUCAGCAGGGCCAUUCAGUUGCGCCCAACAGCACGUCUGUACAGGCAUCGAGGCACUCUUCACUUCAUAUCUGAGGAUUAUGCAGCAGCACAUGAAGAUUUCCAGUUGUCUUUAGAAAUGAAGAAAUAUCAACCAAUUGCAAUGCUGUACAAAGGUUUAACCUUCUAUCACAGAGGUAUGCUGAAGGAAGCAAUUGAUACAUUUAAAGAUGCCAUUAAACUCAAAACAGAUUUUACGGAUGCAUAUAGAAGUCUGGGCCAAGCCUACAGAGAAUUGGGUGAUUUUGAAGCAGCUAUGGAAAGUUUCCAAAAGGCCUUAAUAUUGAAUCAGAACCACAUUCAGUCCCUUCAGUUGAGAGGAAUGAUGCUUUAUCAUCAUGGCAGUGUCCAGGAUGCUUUGACUGACUUUAAGGGGUGCCUGCAGUUGGAACCAUACAAUGAGGUUUGCCAGUACAUGAGAGGCCUGGGCCACGUUGCUAUGGGCCAGUUUUAUGAGGGAAUUAAAGCUCAGACUAAAGUGAUGUUGAAUGACCCACUUCCAGGUCAGAAAGCAAGUCCGGAGUUUCUCAAAGUGAAAUACCUCAGAGAAUAUUCACGUUACUUACAUGCACAUCUUGACCUGCCGGUGACGGAGUAUAACAUAGACAUUGACCUUCCUGGAAAUUUCAAGGAUCACUGGGCCAAGAAUCUUCCCUUUCUUAUAGAAGACUAUGAAGAACAACCAGGAUUACAACCUCACAUAAAGGAUGUCCUACCUCAGAACUUUGAAAGCUACAAUGUCGAAGUCCAAGAGCUAAUUUGCACUGCAGAUCGCUUGGGUUCUCUGAUGCAGUAUGACACACCUGGUUUUCUUCCAAACAAAAGGAUACACAGAGCUAUGGGGCUUGCAACAUUAGAAAUUAUGCAGGUUGUGCAACGAGCAUGGUCAAAUUCAAAAAUUCGUGUGAGUGGCAAAACCAGACUCAUGCAGUGGAAGGACAUGUUUGAUAUUGCUGUGAAAUGGAGAAGAAUUGCCGAUCCUGAUCAACCAGUACUAUGGUUAGACCAGAUGCCAGCCCAGAGUUUGAGCCGAGGCUUCAAUAAUCAUAUAAACCUCAUCAGGGGUCAAAUAAUUAACAUGCGAUACUUGGCAUAUUUCGACAAAAUACUGAACUUUAUAAAAGACAGAAUUCUUGUUUAUCAUGGUGCUAAUAAUCCCAAAGGUCUUCCUGAAGUGAGAGAUGCCCUGGAGAAAGUGAAAAAAAUUGAAGACCUCCUUCCAAUUAUGAAACAGUUCAACAGCAAAACUCGGGAUGGGUUCACUGUAAACACAAAAGUACCCAGUUUAAAACAUCAAGGGAAAGAGUAUGAUGGAUUCACCAUCACAAUAACAGGUGACAGAGUUGGCAACAUGCUAUUUUCUGUGGAAACCCAAACAACAGAAGAGCGGACUCAGCAAUAUCAUGAUGAAAUAGAAGCACUGUACAAGGACCUGAACAGCAAAGGCAAGGCUUUGAUACUUUCCACUGAGCUUGGGGAAGCAGAUGCUGUGUGCAACCUUAUCCUUUCCUUGGUGUAUUACUUUUACAAUCUAAUGCCUUUGUCAAGAGGAUCCAGUGUGGUGGCAUAUUCAGUGAUCAUGGGAGCAUUAAUGGCUAGUGGGAAAGAGAUCACAGGGAAAAUUCCCAAAGGAAAGUUAGUAGAUUUUGAAGCUAUGACAACACCAAGUCCAGAGGCUUUCAGUAAAAUAGGAAAAAACUGGAUGAAUUUGAAAAGCCUACCAGCAUCAUACUCCAGUCUUCCAGCUGUAUUGGAGGUUUUUCCAACAAAAAGAACAAUGAUUGAAGUACUUAAUACAGACUCAUCUUCUCAUUGCCCCAAAAAUUCAUAGGAGCACCUGUAGACUGAAGAAAGUAGUGAUUUUCUUUACUUCAUAUUAAGUUAUUUUUAUAAAAAAAAUUUAAAGGAAUGAGUUCCUUUUGGUUUUUGGUACUUUUUGAUAAUGCUUAAUUUAAUAUUUGGAAGAAAAUAACUUUUGCCUCUUCAUUGAAUUUCUACAUGACAUGAAUGGGUACUGCUUAUUUCUUAAUAUUGAGGUACUGUAUUUAAAGAACGGGUUGAUAAUUUGUAAACAGACUACUACCUGCCUCUACAAUAUACAAUUAAUUUUAUCAGUGAGCAAAGUGCUGAUAGCAAUCUUCUUUCAGAUCAGGUCUUAAUAAACAAAUAUUGAUUAACCAAUUCCUGCAUCAGUGCUGCAGGACUUCAAAUGUUGUGUUUUCCAUUCUUCAGAUGUGCUUUUCCAUAUGUUUCCAGUAACACCUACAAUUUCAGAAGCUGCUGCAUUUCAGUCAGAGCUUUUCUUCUAGUUUGGUUUGCUGUUUUUAUUUGUUGGUUUUCCGCAGCAGGUCAUCAUGAAUGAUAGGAACAUUAUGCAGUUGUUAGGUCUGUGACUUGAAUUACUUUAAAUUUAAUCACUCUAGUAGUUCUCAAACAUAAGCAGUUUGACAAAUAGGGACACAACAGCUAUAGCUGAAAUACUCUCAAACUAUCAAAGAUUCCUUAUACUGCUUUGCAGCAUGGUAAUGUGAAAGAGAUUUAGUCAGCUCCUUAAAUCUGAAAACAAAACCUUUUGGGUCACAAAAACUGAAUCUGAAUCCCUGUUUGUGAGACAUACAGGAAGUGAUGUCACACAUGUACCGAGCUCUGGUGCUAUAAUUUCUUUUGCCUCUUCUAGACUUUGAUAUUUGAAAAGUUACGCAGAUGAGUGGGUUUUAAUACAUUCCACUUGCAGAAUUAAGCUUUCACUAUUUUGUGAACACAGGAACUGGAAGCAGAUACGUUCACUUUGGUAAGUGCAAUAUCAUCAGUCACAUGGAAAGUUUACAGCUAAAUAAUCAAAUUCUGAAUUUAUACCAAUAUGAACUUGUCAAACUAAAAGAUUGCCUCUACAGUUUUUCAAAUUAUUUGUUUAAAGGAAAACUACUUUAUCCUUCAGAAUAAAAGUGAACUUGUUUAAUGUGGGCCAACCAUCUUCUACAAACCUAACCUUGCAUUGACUCGAUUUUUGCUUUUGUUCUUUUCAGUGCCACUGAGUGUUUUAAAUUUGCACUAUAUUUUCUAAAUGUUUUGCAGAAACUUCUAAUUCAAAUGUUUUUCUUCUACAUUAUGGUAGAACUUUU